AUGUCGGUGGUGUCCGGCACGACUCGCCUCAACGAGGGCGGAACGCGCCACAAGCUGCAGGCGGCCAUCGUCCACCCGGGCUACGACGUGGACGACUCGUGGCUUCACGACAUCGCCCUCAUCAAGGUUGUGGAGCCGUUCCACCUGGACGGCGUGAAGGUCGCCGCAGCGACGCUGCCGCAGCAGGGGCAGCCCGUGCAAGACGAUGACGUCGCCAUAAUUGUCGGCUGGGGACUCGUGCAGGAGACGGACACGCAGCCGUCGGAGCGCCUGCAGAAGGCGGAGCUCCGCAUCGUUAACCAGUUGGAGUGCCAGUGCGCCUACAAGAGCGUGGGCGAGCAAGUGCACGACACCAACCUGUGCGCCGGCGUGCUGCAAGGCGGCAUCGGCGCCUGCCAGGGGGACUCCGGCGGCCCGCUGUUCGUGGACGGCGUGCUGGUGGGCCUGACGUCCUUCUCUCUGGGCUGCGCCCGGCCCAACUUCCCCGCCGUCUUCACUCGCGUCGCCUCCUACAUCGACUGGAUAAAUCAGCACGUACAGUGUCGCCUGCCGCCCACGCGUCUGAGGAGGGCGACGGUGCGGCGGCGAGAUGGUGGGCGACGCGUCGGUGCCUGUGCGUGGUCUCGUGGUGGGCGGCCAGGACGCCGCAGAGAACGAGUUCCCCAGCCAGGUGAGUACAGGGCGGCGGCGGCGGCGGCGGCGGCGGCGGCGGCGCUCCUCUGGCACCACCUGGUGCUCCCCUCUCUGUCGGUGCAGGUGCAGCGGCCGGAAGAGCCGCCCUCGUACCGCCAUGCGUGCGGAGGCGUCGUGCUCAACCAGUACUGGGCGCUCACCGCGGCCCACUGCAUCGCUUCUCGCCUUCAGUGA